AAGACGCUUUUAUUGUACUUUUUCGGUAUGUCUGCACGACUGUCGUACUUCCUUUGGGAUUUCCCUUCCCGGAAGUAAAACCGGAAGUUAAAUACUCGCUCAAAUUCCACAUUCGUAACCUUCCUAACAUUAGUAUAAAAAAAACAAUUCGGUUGAAUUUGUUCCAUUCACGGGGAUUUUAAUCUUAAUUUUAUGUUUCAAAGUUCAAAACGAGGCUUUUAUGAGAAAUCAUUGGCGGGCACCCCGACCCUUGCAUGCCGUUGCUAUGGAAACGUCAAGCGGCGAGAGCAAAUGGCCAAAUUUUGUUUAGCCCAAGACUCGAGGCCGAUCCCCCCCAACUUAAAAGAAUUAACCAGAGUAACAUCACUCUUUUCGGCAACGGAGUGCUUAAAAACCUUUCAACUCCUUUGUCAUUGUUAAGAGACUAAGAAAAAGUGUGACCCAUUAGAUUGCAAGCAUGUCUGAGGAGGAAAACCAGAAACUUAAGAAUGCAAGCAGCUGGGACGACAAAAAGAAGAAAAAAAGGAAGAAAAGAAAGAAAAGGAAGAAAGUUGAUACUCCACAGUCACCUCCACAACUUCCAGAUGAAGCAAACCCAGUAGUCAAGGCCCCCGAGGUCGUGCAGGUGACAACGGUGCCUCGUGGUCAAAUGUCCAAACGGCGAGGAGCAUGCAAGAAGAACAAAGAACCUCCAAGAGAGCCCCAGCCCAAUCACACCAAAGCAGAAAGCCCUGUUGAAGAGCCGGAGGUGGCGGAGUUGGACAUGCAGGUUAGAGAGUGCCUGAGGUGGGAGGGGGUCUUGGAAGACCCUUGGGCAGAGCAAGAAAGGCUCGAGGAAUACCGGGCCAACAGGAGGCGCCGCUACGCUGCCCAGAGAGACGCUUGGCCGGCGACUAGCCCUGGCCCCAACCGCACCCCCUUGCCUCUUUUAAGCAACGAUGUACUCUAAAAGUCUUUUGAGUUGACUUGAAUGUAGUUUAGCAUGAAAAUGGAGACCUCAAAAAUAACAAAACCUGAAAAAACGUUAGAUGAAAGCAUAACCAAUAAAUUGUACAAUGAUGGAAUUUCUGUGGUGGAGGACGUAUUAUUCUUUGGAUUAUUGAAACAAACUGCUAUUGUUGUUGCAUGUCAGAUACCAGAAGAUGAAAU